AUGAGUUUAAAUAACAACAAUGGGAAUAAUUACAAUAAUAGGGGUAAUAGUAUUUUACUAAGUGAUAAAUACAUAAAUUUAAAUGUUUUUAAAAAAGGAGAAGAAUUAACUGACCAAGAAAAAUUAUUUUUAAAAGUUCAAACAUACUUAAAUGAUGGAAUAUUACCUAAAUGCAUUGGUAUGGGACUUGGUGGUGGAUUUCUUGGGGCGUUAAUUGGAGUAUUUUUUUUUACUAUGCAACCAACUAAUAUGGAUUACAACUUAACUUAUAAAGAGCAACUCAAGGAGCAAUUUAUUAUGUUUAAACAGUCAGUAAAAAAUAGCUGUACUAAUUUUGCUAAAAUAGGAUUUUUAUUUUCCCUUUAUGAAAAUUCAUUGCAAAAAAUAAGAGCAACAAAUGAUAUAACUAACACUUUAUAUUCCGGUUGCUUAACAGGUGCAACUAUUUCUUACAAAAAAGGUUUGCCUUCAAUGCUUAGUGGGUGUGCAAGCUUUGCGGCUUUUUCAGCUGUUGUUGAAAAAUUGCAAAGAUCAAAUAAAUUUUAG